AAUUGAAUACUGAUCAUGAUUAUUUCCUGCCAAUUAGAUAACAACAAGCUGGAUGCUGACUACAUCAAGCGGUGCUUAGGUGACCUGACCCCACUCCAGGAGUCUAGAUUAAUACAGCUCAAGAAAUGGGUGGGUGAGCUUCAGAAAGGAAAGGUCCCCAGUGAUGCUUGCCUACUGAGAUUCUUGCGGGCGAGAGACUUCAACAUCGAGAAGGCCCGAGAGAUGCUGAGCCAUUCCCUGAUAUGGAGAAAGAAGAACCAGAUUGACAAGAUCAUGAACGAGUAUCAGAUCAACCAGGUGGUGAAGGACUACUUCCCAGGAGGAUGGCACCACCAGGAUAAGGAGGGAAGACCUCUCUAUCUUCUGAGACUGGGUCAGAUGGAUGUCAAGGGACUGGUGAAGUCUGUAGGUGAAGAGGGACUGCUCAAACAUACUCUGCACAUCUGUGAAGAAGGUCUCCGACUAACCGAAGAGGCCACCGCCAGUCAGUGUCAACCAAUUACAAACUGGACUCUCCUGGUUGACCUAGAAGGCCUGAACAUGAGGCAUCUGUGGAGACCAGGCAUCAGGACCUUACUAAAGAUAAUUGAGAUUGUAGAAGCAAACUACCCUGAGACUAUGAGUCGAGUCCUCAUUAUUCGUGCUCCUCGAGUUUUCCCGAUUCUGUGGACACUUGUUUCUACAUUCAUCGACGACAACACAAGAUCAAAGUUCCUCUUCUAUGGUGGAAAUGACUACCAGGGCCCAGGGGGCUUGGUUGACUACAUGCCAAAGGAAAAUAUCCCUGAUUUCUUAGGAGGUGAAUGUAAGCGAAGCACACUUUCUCGCUUAGGCCCAGUGCCCGAGUCCUUGUACACUGUCACGUACCCAGACGAGCUGGAGCUUAGAAGUAUGGUGCAUGAGGGAGGUUUGGUGCCAAAGAGCAUGUACCAGCCUGGAGAGGAGUUUGAGGGAACGAGGCAACACAUCCUCCUCUCUGAACAGUCUGUUUAUCACUCUGUGUCUCUAGGACGUGGACAGGUGCAUGAGGUGGUGCUGUUGAUUGAGGAACCUGGUUCAGUUAUCUGCUGGGACUUUGAUGUCAUGAAGAGUGAUGUCACUUUCUCUGUUUUGCGUACCAAGGUUCCCAUCACAAAUCGGCAGGAGCCACACUCACCUACAGGUGCAAUGGGUGUGAUCGAUGCCGUGAUUGGCACUGACGACCAGCAUCGCUCUGUGAUUGAGAAGACUUGGCGAGAAGGUCAUGAGUACUUCCGUGUCGAACCUCAGCUAGUUUGUCACGAUGGAGAAAGUAUACAGUUUCAUGAGCGAGAUGUGCACGAAACCUGCCGUAUGGAUCUACAGCGAGUCUAUCGUGAAGGAGAAAGCUCUCAGGGGUCUCAUGUGACAUCACACAUGGGGACGUACAUAUUACAAUGGCGCUACUAUGAGUCUACGCAGCACACCUCACCCUUAGAUAUUAUUGAUACCAUAACUGCACCCAAGGCAAAGAUUAUGUAUUACUAUGAGACUCUCAAGUCAGCAGACUAUAGGGGAUCCAUGACAAGCCUUCAGUCCUGUCAGAGUGGCUUCUCCUCCCUGUCAUCUAACACCAACAAGUCAGCGACGUCAUCCUGUCCGUCCCGCUGACCUUGACGAAUUGAAUAUUAGGGUUCAAAGUGUUUUCUUAAUCAGGGUUGAAAUCACUCUCUUGACUGAACUGAAGUAGAGUACAACUAUUCUUUAUCAAUUUUCUUGUUUCUUUCUUUUUGCUUUUAAGAAAGAGCCUAAGUAUUCUAAACAUUUUGGAUCUUCAGGUUUUUGUAAAUGCUAAGUAUAGCUGCUGUAAAAAAGAAAUCAGGAAAAGAAAGAAAGAAAAGAAAAUAUCCUGGUACUAUCUUCAAAUUUUUAGCAUGAAAGACCCACUAUUGUUAUCAUCCUUUUCCAUAUUAUGUGAUGUGGAUGGUGUUAUUCCAAGUAUUUCCAUCCUUGUGGUUUAUGCAAAUCACAGGUAUUUUAGACUGUAUGGGGGAUGUAUAUCAUAAGAAUUCUGAUGUGGAAUGGAUAGUUACAGGGUAUUUUUCAUGGAUUGAAAAUUUUGAGGAAUUUAUCAUUGUUGUUCAGAGUAUCAAAUUUGCCUGACUUCCCGCAUAAUGAUUAAUGUAGACUUUAGAAUGCUCUUGCCAAACUGUCACAAAAUGUACCAGUGAUAAUAGAGAAGCUCCUAUCACCUCAAAAGCAAUAGGUACAAACGUUUCGUAAUGGUAGAGCCCAGCUGGUGCUUUUGGCAUUGUACACAUGUCUCUAGUGGAAUGGAAGCCCUUCCUUGUGAAAUGGGUCAGACUUUAUGUAGAAACCAUCACUCUGUUACAUUUGGCAUUAAGGGUUCUGAAUUCAUGUUACCAAAUAUUUGUUUCUGGAAAUUGGAAGCAUGAUUGAUAUUCUUAAAAAGGAGUUUAGGAUGUCUGCAUUUUAUUUUUUGAAGAUGUUCUGUGAAACGGUACCCUCCUUGGGAAUACCUCUUGGCAUAUACCUCUAUUGUGAGUAUUUUAGUAUUUUCACACAGAAAAUAGUCUAGUUUUUACAUAGAUUUAUCAGCAAGAAAGAUGCGAGUCUUGAGCUUGGCUCACUUUCAGUAAUGUCUUGUUUAGACAAUUGGAUUACUUUAUUUUUUAUUUGUUUCUACAUAGUUAAAAAGAAGUUUGCUCAAUGAAAUGGUACAAUAAAAAAAUACAAAUGAUCAUAUAUGUAAGUAAUGUAGAAAUACAUCUAAUAGAUUGAGUAAACAGACCAUCAGCUCAGUGUAGAGAAAAGUUAGCUUUCAUAGGAACUCCUCAUGAAAAUCCCUAAAGUGCAGAGGAGUCCCCAAGAAGAGGAAUGAAUAAAAUAAAAGAAAAAAAAAGAAUCCUAAACAUUCUUAUAACUGUAGCUUCUAUGAAGACUUGAUAAGAAUAGGUAUUGUGCAGAGAGGAUAACAUGAUUUUACGAAAGUUUAGAGGGUCAUGUAUUAUUUUACUAUACCAUUAGGGAAUGCUCAAGAAAUGUUUGAAAUAUGAGACCAAGAAAUCAAAUGUGAAACUGUUUGUUCUUGUGAUGAACAGAGAAUUUGUGUGAUCAAUUAGUGAGUCAAACUCUAAGAUGAUGUCCCCUGUAAGGUGUCAAACAGGCGUCUUUUUCCCCGUCUUCCAUAAAGGUCUAUCAUCCAUCAUUCACCAACCAGAAUUCAUGACUUGAGCAAACGAUUAUCACCAGAGAGAAAGCUGAAUGUGAGAUAUUGGUAAUACUAUAGUAAUUCCAUAUAUUUUAAAAACAAGUACGAAGAGUUAGUGUAGGGCCUAGCAUAAAAUAUGAAUUAAGAAAAAGCCUCUAUAUGCACAUGUUUAGUAUUGUUGUAAGGUCUGUGUAUGCAUAUGUACAUGCUUGCACAUUGUUAAAACUCAGUGUAGAUCACUGAAGUCCAUUUUAUAGUGUAAUUAUUAAAUGAAAUCAGUAAAAAAAAACCUAUUGCAGAAACUGUACAACUGUCUAGUUAUUUUAUUCAGUUGAUAGUAUACAUGCUUCAUUGUUAUCUGCCGGAGAAGGAAGCUAAAAUUUGAUAUGUAUAUUCAUGUCUUUGAUUAGAUUUUUUUUGGGAAAAAAUUGAAUUGUCAGCAAUCUUAAAGUUGUCCAGUGACUGUCUUUAGGCACGUUUAGUCUAGUCCAACCAUAUCAUAAGAGAUUGUUAUAAAUGAUAUUGUAGUUAUUGCUGAUUUUGGUAAUUUUAAAUACUAAGGCUGAACAUAGGAAGAUUUAUUAUUCUAAAUAAGAAUGUUACUGGAUAAAAAUUGGAUCGUAAAUUGUUGUAUAGAGAGAAUGGGAAGCCAAUUUUGUUUAUCACAGCAAUUUCAGGUCAACUUUGUUGCUGUAAUUUUUAGAUUCAAAACUACAUUUUUGAUUUAGUGUUGGCGUUGGGCUGCCUGGGGCCAACAUGCACCCAUAGUUCUCUAGCAAGGAUAUAUUUAUUUUCAUUAAUACGAAACUAAUUUCCGUUGGUAAUUGCAAAAAAAAUUAUGUAAAGUAAAAGUAAAUGCUUUAAUUAAGGUUGCAUGAUGGGUAAUGAUAUCUCCCACCGUAGUUUAUUAUUUUAAUGUAUACUUUUUGUAAGAUGACUAGAAUUUGACCUGAAAGAGUGUUUUCUGUUCUUGGUAUGUUUUUAAGCCUUUAAAAGGAUUUUUACUUCAGUUUUUACUUUCCUUAGAAGCCGUUGUGGGCAUUCUCACUAAAACAAAAAAAAGGGAAGUUUUGUGUGCCUCACCCUAAGUAAAACAUGAUUGUGCAUUUCCCUUUAAUGAAAAUUGUGCUGAUAAAUUUGGUGAUAUGUGCUUCUUCUUGUAUACCAGCUUGAUAUGAUCUCUCUGCCAAGUUAUUUAUAGGUUUGAGUGAUAUUUAGUGUAUAAAACUGGCUGUAGAGUAUUUAUGUAUUUUAAUUUCUUGAGAAAUUUGUGUAUCCCUUAAGGAUGUGUAUAUCUUAUGUGUAGACAUAAGAUACACCCUGUCAUUAAUGCAUACACAGUGGCAACACCAUUGUUUUAAGACAGUUGUAGUAGAUCUGCAACUAGUAUUCUUGAUUGCUGUACUGGUGCCCUGGUGGUAGGUACAUGUGUGGUAAGAGUAGGAAAGUGUACUUGUUACAGCUAGGAUUUUAGGGGCUGGUCAUUUUGAUGAAUAAUGUUCUUGAAUAUUUCUCGUUUUUCUCUCUUCACAUAUGUUGUUUAAGUCCUCUUUUUCUCUUCAUUUCUUUACAUAGCAUCACCUUGAAUUUAUUUGUGAAGGUGAAUUUAGCUUAAGGUUUUAAUGAAUAAAGAAUAUUGAAUUAUUAUAUUAAGUUGUAAAUUGGUUUUGUCAAUACUAUAAAAUGCAAGGUCCUUGUUUUUUUAAUGGUGUCAUUUGUUAUUAAUAUUUUAACCAUAAAAUAAAAACUUUUUUCGAGAAGACCAAGAUGACUCCACCCCCAUCUGAUACUGGAAAUGUUGACAAGUUUAGAUGAAAAUAAAACAAAUAUGGCUUUUUUAAGGGUAGGAUAAUGCAUUGAAAGUUGACAAGCAAUAAAGACAUAUAUUUCUAACUAAAGUUUAGAUAUGAAAAUAGACUUAACGUCCAUGACCCAUAAUUUGGAAUAUAUUCUGAUGAUUUUCUAAAUUAAGAGUUCUUGCUUGGUACCAAUAGUGAUAUUAGACUGAGUCCAGAUAAUGUUGUUUAUAUCCUAGGUUACUGCAUCAUUAUAUGUGCUUUUACAUUUGCACUUACACACAAACACACACCCCACUUUCCUAAGUUUACAUAAGAUACAAACAUAGGUAUUGGUACUUUCAAAAAGAAGAAAAAUGCAGCAGUAAAAAAAAAUAGGAUUAGAAGUCCUUUUUCACAUGGUUCUUGAUUUACUAAUAUGUUAUAUGAUAUUAAUUUAAACAAAAAAAAAAAAUGCUGAUUAGGUAGUGUUGCUAUGUGCUUUAUUAUAUUCUGUAAAAUAAAGGUGAAGUAUUACAUUAUCUGGAUUAUGGAGCUUAAAACAAGAAACUAGAAUGAUGACAAGUUUCUUGCAUAAAUAAUGUACUUAUCAGGGUGAUACUGUAACAUAGAAUCUGUGCUGCUCUUUUAGUGAGUAAAAAAGAAUAUACAGUAACAUGGAAGAAAA